AUGGAUUUUGCGAUUUCGGCUUUGUGCACGGACAAUUGCGUCGCGGUGAACAGGGGCACGUACGGAGGCCGCCUCGGCUGCAUGCUGGGUGGCAGUGAGAUACCCGCGCAUCACUGCGAGCUGAUGACGAAGCCUGACUUCUCUUGCGACAACCCCACUUGCCAGGCCAAAUGGGUCGUGUCCGACUGGUCCAAGGUUCGUCUGAGUGCUCGCAUUAUUCCUGCUCGGUCUCCUGCGGAGGCACAGGCUACCAAUAUCGGGAGCAAAAAUGUGUCUGGACGAAUUCCGGUCAACUUGCCGGAUCGGCUUGCUACGAUGCCAAAAUCCAGGCGCCGCCAGCAGUCCGCCCAUGUAGCACUAAACCAUGCAAAACACUGUGCGUCGAUUUAUCCAAACAAUGUCCGAAGUUUCGGCAUUGGUGUGUUUUCAAUGCUUUUAAAUACAACUGUUGCAAAACCUGUCGGGACUAUGCACUUCAAACGAGCCAAUUUGGCCCCUGAAGUCCCGCUCCUCUGA